AUGUCGAAGGUCGUGAGGAGCGUAAAGAAUGUCACCAAGGGCUACUCUUCGGUGGAAGUGAAGGUCAGAAAUGCAACGAGCAAUGACCCGUGGGGUCCAGUCGGCUCCGAUAUGGCGGAGAUCGCCCAGAUGACCUUCAACAACUCAACCGACUUCUACCAGAUAAUGGACAUGCUAGAUAAGCGACUCAAUGACAAGGGCAAGAAUUGGCGCCAUGUCCUCAAGUCGUUGAAGGUCCUGGAUUACUGCCUGCAUGAAGGAUCAGAGCUCGUGGUUACCUGGGCGCGCAAGAACGUCUACAUCAUCAAGACAUUGAGGGAGUUCCAAUACAUUGACGAGGACGGCAGAGAUGUUGGACAGAAUGUGAGAGUCUCUGCCAAGGAGCUCACCUCCCUCAUUCUCGACGAGGAGCGAUUGCGCGCCGAGCGACAAGACCGGAAAUCCUGGAAAUCGCGCGUCACCGGCAUCGACGAGUUUGCGCCGCCAGGCUACGGAAGCGGCGGAGAGCCCGCACGGCCACGCCACAAGGAGCGUGAGAACCGACCCAAGCGAACAGACGAUGAGGAUCUCGAGUACAAGCUGGCGAUCGAAGCCAGCAAAAAUGAAGCGGAGGAGGAUCGAAAGAGGCGCGAGAGGAACUCGGGGGUUUCACCGGACGACGAUGACCUUGAGAAGGCCAUACGGCUGAGCAGAGAAGAGGAGGAGCUGCGCAGGAGGGAGCUGGAAGAGACGAACGCUGCGUCACUCUUCGACGACACUCCUGCUCAGCCUGCGGCAUCGCAACCGACCGGCUACAACCAGGGCUACCAGCAGCAGGGAGCGGUCGAUUGGUUCGGAAAUCUCGUGGACACGCAGCAGCCCCAGAACACCGGCUUCUUGAACAACGCAUACUCAACUCCAACAGGCAUGCAAGGCCAGCAAACCGGCUUCCAGAACGGCUACGGGUACGGCGCAUACCAGCAACAGCCGCAGCAGGCGGGUUUCGAUCAAUACCCGUCACAGCAAAACUACUUGCAGCCCCAGACAACCGCCUUCAGCAUGAACAACCCCUACCAACAACCAAACGGCUUCGGAGCCGCGCCCCUGGAACAGCAACCCACCCUCCAGCCCGGCAGCCACAACCCCUGGGCCACUCCCCAGCCCCAAGAGUCCGUAAAGCCCCAACCAACAGGCUCAAACAACCCCUUCGCCUCCUCCCUCGCGCGACCCCAACCCACCACCCAACCCUCCCAGCGCGCACCAACCCUCAGCACCCUAGCCGAACAAACCCCCUCAACCUCCUUCCCCGCCUUCCCCUCCCAGCCCCAACAACAGCCCCCACGCGACCAAAACCCGGCCCACGCGCACCUCAACGCCCUCCUCGCCGCCGGCGAAGGCCAGGACACGUUCGGCAACGUCGGGAAUCUGCGCAUCCCCGCGCAACACACGGCGCCGGGCACGUUUGUGAAUUCGGCGGGGAUUGGGGCGAACAGACUUACCGCAAACGCGACGGGGAACAACCCUUUCCUGAAUUCACAGUUUACGGGGUUGCCGCAGCAGAACAGGAUCAUGCCGGCGCAGACGGGACCGGCGGGGGGGUAUGGAGGGGGGAAUCCGUUUGGGGGGCAGCAAGGGGGCGGGCAGCAGCAGCAACAUCAGCAGCAGCAUCAGCAGCAGGGGAGCUUGAUUGAUUUGUAG